GUCUACGGGUGCCUCAACGGGUCAAAAAGCAAGAGGCGAAAUCACUGCUCGUAGCGCUCCUGCCGGCCAGUCCUGGAACUUACAUGUGGCCGAUGUCGAGAAAGCGAUCUGAGCGGAUGGAGACGAAACAGGAUGACCUUCCGCGGCCUGACGUCUGAACUCCCCCGGAUCCAUCAGCCGCCUCCCUGCUCAGGACCGACUCGGUCUAUGUAUCAGCUUCCUAUGUCUGUCUGACUACAAGAACGGUUUCAAAAUGAGUACAUGUGAUGUUAGAGUGAAAACAUGGCUGUCAUCAACCUGGCAUAUUAAAGUUCCAGAUCCAUGGUUAGAGGCUUGCAUUAACUGGAUUCAAGAAGAAAAUGGGGGUUCUUCUGUGUCCCAGGCUGAAGUCAAUAAACAAGUUUUUGAACAAUGGCUACUUACUGAUUUACGAGACUUGGAAUAUCCCAUUCUACCAGCAGGUGUCCUGGAUUCCCUAAAAUUUGAACUGAAUGGGUUUUAUGCUAUACAGAUGGAUUCCUUAGUUGACGUCAGUCUGCCUGCUUACUCUCAACUACAGAAAUUGAGAGGAAGGGAAAAUGCAAAUGACCAGGUUACGGCUAUAACACAGGCUACUCAACAUUCAUGGGAGUCCAAACCAUCUCGAAUGCUCAUGCUGCAGUUAACGGAUGGAAUUCAGAACAUUCAGGGAAUGGAAUACCAGACUGUACCAGUGCUUCAUGCUGGGCUUCCUCCAGGAACUAAAAUUCUGUUACAGGGUGUCAUAUCUUGCCGUCUAGGUGUACUACUACUCAAACCAGAAAAUGUGAAAGUUCUAGGGGGUGAAGUGGAGGCUCUUGUAGCGGAACAUUCACAAGAUAAGGUUCUUUCUAGAUUAAUUGGUAUGGAAGAAGAGGCUUUGCCACAACAAACACUGGUGCAAAACCAGGUUACAGCAAGGCCACAAGAGGAAAUUGUGGAAGCAAUAGACUUAUCUGAUGAAGAUCUGUUAGCAAGUCUAAAUGAGAAUGAGGAAUUGACAAUCAAUAAUAAUACAGUUCCAGAAAGUGGCUAUUACAGUAGAAGUGAAAUUUCAAGUCAUGCUUCCGGGAUCUCUUACACGGAACGCCAACAAACUCAAGUAUCAAAUUCUAGGCGAACAGUACCCACUGCAAAUGAAACUAUUCAGGCUACAAAUAUGGAUGAGGUUUAUGAUUUAGAUGAUGAAUUAUUUUUAGAGGAAGAAAUAGAGAGGGAAUUAGAAGAGAUGGCAUUGGGACAGCCUGAAAUCACAGACAAUUCAUUUGCAAGAAUAGUUUCUUCUACCGCUAACCCUACCAAUACUCCAUCUACUAAUCAAACAUCGAUACCUGAAGUCGUCUCCGGUCAACUAGAUCUUCCUCCGUUUACUUACUUGUCAACCGUGUUGACUUACCCAAGUACCACUGUCAAAUGUGUGCAGUUGAAGUCCUUUAUUGUAACUUUGAAUGGAAAUCUCACCAGUAGUAGUGGCAUCUGGAGUAUAAAAGCCAAGAUAUCUGAUGGAACCGGAUACCUAGAUGUUGAGUUCAACAAUAAUGUCCUCACAAAACUUAUAGGAUUUACAGUGCCUGAAAUGAAAAGACUUAAAAAGGAUCCUAGCCAGCAGAAAAAACUUUUAGAUGGUCUACAGAAGUGUCAGAGGGAGCUGACUGAUUUCUGUGGAAUCAUGACCAUUUCAUACAACCCUACAACAUCAGAAGCUAGUGUGCUGGCCUUACAAGAGGUCAGUGAAGAAACUAGUGCAAGUUUGAGGAGACGGAUAAAUCGGUAACAGGACAAAGAUAUGGAUGUGACUGACUCUCCACUGUCUGAACCUUUUUAACUGACCAUUCAUGUGGAGGAAGAGUGUAUUCUUUUGAAAAACAAGUUGUAAAACUAUAAUAUUAAAGAGAAUCGAUAUUACUAUUUGCGGUUAAUUCCAUAUUAUGUUUGCAAUUUGCCUUUAUUGAGUUCCUAGAUAUCGUCCGUGCUCUUUUUUUUUUUUAAUAGUAAUAUAGCCCAUAACUUUCCAAGCACUUGCAAGAUCAUUGGUAGGAUAGCCCUAUGGAACACUUAUUAUUCAUCUUUUUUUAUUUUUAUUAACCUUGGUGCUUAAUAAUUAGAACUGUCAAAAAAAAAAAACUCUUUGUUGUCCGUAGCAACCAAUCACAGCUCAGCUUUAAUUUCACAUGAACAGUUUAAGAAAUGGGAUCUGCUUGGUUGCUAUGACGGCAAAGGCAGUUUUUCUUAGAGAACGCUUUGAUAAAUCAGCCUACUUUUUAUGUGUUUUCCAUGGGUUAUGCUUAAUUUCCUAGGACACAGCGACCUUGUCUCUUUUAAAAGCAAGAAACCAAACUGGUUUGGCAAGAUGAGUGCAAUAUAUAUUUUUUUUAAUAACAAUGGGUAUGACAAAACAAUACAAGCUAAUAGGAAAUGUAAACAGUUAGUGAGUUUUAAUAUUGUCCAGAAUAACAUCUUGUUUGCUACCCAUAUAUAUCAGUGUUCCUCGACCUGCUGCUAUCCAUCUGUUGCAAACCUACAACACCUGUCAUACCCAGACAGCUGCAGGGCAUGAUGCCAGUUGCAGUUUUAGAACAUACUGAUGUAUAUUAUUAAUAUUGUUCAGAUUUAUAUUGGUUGCUUUUUUUUUAUAACACUUGUAUUGAUGUUUUCUUUGUGCCUUAAUGUUGGAUCAAUUAAAGUAUUUUUAUAGCACUUUC